AUGCAGCGCGCAUUGCAGUGCAGACGGGGGCCAUGGCAGAUAUCUGUCAAUGAUUCGAGGGCCAGAUUCGUCAGGGCCGGGAAGAAUGAGGGAAUUGGAGUUCGUCGCAAAGUGCGAAAGGGCGAGGCUGGCCUGAUUAAGGUACCUUAG